AUGGACGCCGAAGAAGAUUUGACACGAAUAUGGGCCCUCGUCGGUCAACUGUCCGAACAGUUGCAAACUAACCGAGCACUCGUCCUUCAACUCAAAGCGAAGAGUGAAAAUGUCAAAGGUCAAGCAACACAUGUAGGAACUGGAUUCCCUUUAAGACGAUUCAAUCUUGAUAUUUCAAAUGGCGACGAAGAAUUUACUUCUGAAUUAGAACAAUUCGCCGCUCAUCUAGUAUUGGAAAACCAAUAUCUUCAAAAUGAGAAUAAACAGCUUAAUCAAUUGUUGAAGGAAUACGAACAGACUUUGGAGACUGUCAUGGGAAAGUUCAGGGGUGUAGCUUUCUCAAGCCAACAACAUGAUCUCUCCCUUCAUUCAUAUUAUACAUCAUUACUACAACAAUUACAAACGGCUCAUUCAUCCGCUCAACUUCACGAUAACACUUCCCUUUCUUUACUCCUCACUAGACUUUCAACAUUACUUCGUUCGGCUUUACGAUCAUUAGGAGGAGAAGAAACAGAUAUGGAAUUAGUAUCACAAUUACCUGGUUUACUCAUGCCUGAUGGUCAUGUGAAAUUUGAUUCACCUAUUGCGUCACCUGAUCAUUCGAUGAAUAACAAUAAUCCGAUUUUACCGAAUCCUUUACCUCUUUCUACGAUUACAUCAAACCAGAUGAUUCAUUCCGACCCAUCUAAUCAACCCAUCCAUCCCAAUCAACCCAACGCUCCUAUUCAACCUAUCCAAUCCAACACACUUAAUCAACCUAUUCAAUCCAACAAACCAAAUCAUCCCCUACAAUCAGGUCAUACAACUACAAAUCAAACAACACCAACUCCCAAAACCCCAUUGCAACACCAAGGUUUUCUACCAGGAUCUAAAGGUGGUUACGCAGGUAACGAAGGUCAACAAGAUUGGGCUUUAGAAAGAGAAGCAGAGAUACUUCGAUUAGAAUUCGAAAAUUCAGAAUUACGUAAAUUGUUAGGUUUGGCAGAAGGUUCAGGAUCAGAUGUAGAAGAAGAAGCCAAACAUAUUUUAGAUUUUGCAAAUUUUGAACGAGAAGAUGGUAGAAAGAAAAGUUUGACUAUUGAAGAACUUCAAGCUGAUGCUGAGAAAGAAGAGGAAGAAGCUAAAUUAGGAGUUAAAUUGGAUCAAGCUAUGGAAAGAGCUGUUAUGGAUGUUUCGGUUAGUAUGGGGGGUGAUGAACCUCUUGAAGAGGUUAUAGAGGGGUAG